AUGAGCACUCUGCGUGACGACGAGCAGCCAGUCGUCGAGCCGACCCGGCUGGAAGCGGAUUCGCCCGCCUUGUCUAAUCUCCGCUGCCAUGCCACAUCGCAUCCUCCUACUUGCCGAGGCGGUGAGCUGGGCCUAAGCUGUCUCGCAGGCCCGUCUGCCCUCGAGGCUGAUCGCGGAGUUGAGCGAAAUCAGCGCUCACUCGAGGGGGGACAUGUCUUGUCUCGGCCUCGUCGCCAUUUCUCCCUCCACCACCCUCGGCUUUGCCCAGGUCGUCGUAUCACUGCUCCCCUCCCCUCUCCAACCCACACGUCGUCGUGA